AUGAGUAAUUUCUCUUAUCUUCCGCUUCUCCGAUUUCGUGAAUCGAUAUUUCGUCAAGAUAUUAUUUCAUCAUUAAAAAACUUCAUUCACAUUUCCUGUCGAUUCAGUCAGGGCAAAAAGUGUGAUUAUCGAUCGAGACGAGAAAAUUAUUUCAAAAAAAAAAAUCGAGAACGCUUGUCGGUAUAUCUGUAUAAUAUGGCAUCACCACAAAUCGAAGAGGCAAAGCUUGCACCACUUCGUUCAGCAGUCAAAGAGUACGGGGAUUUGAUACGUACCCUGAAGGAAAGUGGUGCUCCAAAAGCUGAUAUCAAUCUAGCGGUUUUGGAAUUGAAAGCUCGAAAGAAGAAACUGGAGGAGAGUGAAUUGGCAUUAGUCCCCAGAGAUGUUACUUUUUUCGAUCGCUUAAAAUUCGAAGAUCUUUUGAAACAGCGUUUCUUCUUUGAUCAGUCUUUUGCUAUUUAUGGAGGUGUAACUGGUUUAUAUGAUUUUGGUCCUAUGGGAUGUGCUAUGAAAACAAAUAUGAUAAAUCUUUGGAGGAGACAUUUCGUCCUUGAAGAAAACAUGCUUGAAGUAGAUUGUUCUAUACUAACACCAGAAGCUGUACUAAAAGCAUCGGGACAUGUUGAGCGAUUUUUAGAUUGGAUGGUAAAAGAUUUAACAACUGGUGAAUGCUUUCGAGCUGAUCAUUUAAUCAAAAAUUUUGCAGAGAAAGUGUGUCAAGAUAAAAAAACAUCAGCUGAUCUGAAAGAAGAAUUAAUGGACGUAAUCGCAAAAUUGGAAGGCUUCAAUGAUGCUGAUAUGCAUGAUGUCAUUAGAAAGUAUAAAAUAAAGUCCCCAGUCACUGGCAAUGAAUUAUCAGAACCUAUUGCUUUUAACUUGAUGUUUCCGACAGUGAUAGGGCCAACUGGCGACUUUAAAGCAUUUUUGCGACCAGAGACAGCGCAAGGAAUCUUCGUUAAUUUUAAGCGAUUGUUAGAAUUUAACCAGGGUAAAUUACCGUUUGCUGCUGCUCAAAUUGGCUCUGGUUUUCGGAAUGAAAUCUCACCUAGACAAGGUUUACUACGUUUACGCGAGUUCACGAUGUGCGAAAUUGAACACUUUGUAGAUCCAUCUGAUAAAAGUCAUCCAAAAUUUGAGAAUAUAAAAAAUUAUGAAGUGCUGCUGUUAUCGAGUUGUAGUCAAAUGGAUGGUAUGCCUGCACAGAUAGUUUUUAUAGGAGAUGCCGUUGCUAAGAAAAUGAUUGCCAAUGAAACUCUUGCUUAUUAUAUGGCUCGAGUUCACAAAUAUCUUGUCCGAGUUGGAGUAGAUCCAAAAAGGCUACGAUUUAGGCAACACUUAUCGAAUGAAAUGGCGCAUUAUGCCUGUGAUUGCUGGGAUGCUGAAAUCCUGACAUCAUACGGUUGGAUAGAAUGUGUUGGAGUCGCUGAUCGAGCAUGUUACGAUUUGCUGCAGCAUUCUAAAGCUACUGGGGAAAAGUUGCUGGCGGAAAAAGUUCUCGAUAAACCAAAAAUCGUUCAAGUUGUAGAAGUGGUGCCUAAUAAAGCGGCAAUUGGAAAAGUUUAUAAAACUGAAGCGAAACAGAUUUUUGCAACAUUAGAACAACUUACUGUCGACAAAGUUGAGGUGUUGGAACAAGAGUUGAACUCUAUAGGAAAAACGAAGCUCCAUUGUAGUGAUAAAGAGGUCAUACUCGACAGAGGCCAUGUCGCAGUGAAAAGAUAUGAAAAAAAGGUGCAUACUGAAGAAUUUUAUCCUUCUGUUAUUGAACCGUCAUUUGGUAUUGGAAGGAUAAUGUACAGCGUUUUGGAGCAUUCUUUUCGUCAGCGUGAAGGUGACGAACAACGACUGUAUUUCGCAUUACAACCAAUUGUCGCUCCAAUUAAGUGUUCUAUCUUACCAAUAUCAGCGAAUUCUCGAUUUAAGCUUAUUAUGGCUGCAGUGCGCUCUGAGCUUGCCAAAUAUUCUGUUAGCUAUAAACAGGACGACAGCAGUGGUUCACUAGGUCGGCGCUAUGCUAGAACAGAUGCUAUAGGAAUACCUUUUGCUAUAACAAUUGAUUUUGAAUCGGAGGUGGAACCGUGGACUGUAACUUUACGUUAUUCAGUAACAAUGGACCAAGUUCGGCUGAAGGUGAGUGAUGUUGGAAAGAUAGUCGCAGAUUUAUCCUCUGAAGUAAUGUCCUGGAAUGAGGUUCAGCAAGUUUAUCCAAAAUUUGAACAAAAAUGUGCUGCUUAA